UCUAUCUAUAUAAUCCAGGAGCAGGGCCUUCCAACAAGGCACCUUUUCGAGUACAUCAAACAAACUCUACAUCAGCCCUCCAGGUUAUCAGUCUUCCACGAAUCGUUACCAUCGAGCGACAACCAAAAUGCAACGGAAUCUACCAACCGAUCAGCGUCCCGCCCAUUUCGAGUCCGACGACAAACCAAAAGCAUCAGAUCAGACUCAAGACGAAGCCGUCCGCUUGAGGAAUUUUCACGGCGAGUUCGACAUUUGCAGAGGAGCUGCCGACCUGAAGACAAGAUAUAUCCAGACUCGCCAUGUGUUAGAUUUCUAUCAGAAUUCUUUCACAUCUUUAGCUUCGAGAGCUGAAUUGCUGGGACCUACGAUCUUUAGUCUCGGUGCCGGACACGAGUGUGGAGAGUUGACUGAGCAAGACCUUUUGGUGCAGAUUAGCCGUUUCUUGUCAGCUUUCCCGCAGGACAACAUAAACGGCUUGGUGAUCGCGUUGCUCUUGCAUAAGUCACUGCAGCGAAGGAUCUGGCGCCCGACUGAGGGAACAUUCGGUGGCACAUAUAUCGAUGAUAUGGCCGAAAUGCUCGGAAUCCCUUGGCCCUGGGUGUACUACACAAUCAAUUGGACAUGAAAGCUUAAGGUGUCAUUUCUGCCGAUAUACCGAUGUUCCAAUUGCCCCGAAGUACCGUGCUAAAUCUAUAAUCUAUGCCUCUCAAAUCUCCCAGG